AUGGCGUCUCUAAUGGCGAUUCGCAGAGGCACUCUUACUUCUUCAUUCAAGGUAGCUUCUAUACGCUCUUCUCAUUACAUUUUCAUCCGCAACUCCCUCAAAACUCUCUCUACAUCGACCGCCCCAAACAGCUUCGAUUCACCCCCGAAUGAUCAAAUAAACACUAACCCAUGGAACCUACAACACAAUCAUCAACAAGGGAACCUCAAUCAAUGGGAUAAUCGGAAUCAGAGGUAUCCGAAUCAACCAAAUCCUGCGCAGCAGAACUUCUAUCCGGAGAACCCUAAUCAGCGUCAGAAUUAUCCUCCAAAUGCCGGGCAGAAAAAUUAUCACCAGGAGUACCCUAAUCAGCGCCAGAAUUACCCGCCGGUUGCGGGGCAGCAAAGUUUUAACCAGGAGAACCCUAGUCAUCGUCAAAAUUAUCCCUCAAAUGAUGGGAGACAAAGCUUUUACCAGACGAACACCAAUCAACGUCAGAAUUAUCCUCCACAACCCCCAAUUCAGAGUCAGAAUUAUCCUCCACAACCCCCAAUUCAGAGACAGAAUUUCCAACAACAUCAACCCUCUAAUUACUCGCCCCAAAACCCUAAUCCUAGCGAAACCCAUAUACCACGAAGCCCUAUUGCUAGGAAUAAUGAUCAAGUACAGAGAGCUAGUAGUCAUGCUUCCGGUGCGAAAGUUGAUUUGUUAAAGAUAUGCAAAGAGGGAAAGCUUAAGGAAGCCAUUGAACUAAUGGACGAGGGUCAACUUGCAGAUGCUGAAUGCUUUAAUGCUCUAUUUGGGUUAUGUGGGAAAUUCAACAAGCUUGAGGAUGCUAAAAAAGUCCAUGAUUACUUCUUGAGAUCGAGUUACAGAGGUGAAAUCCAAUUGACUCACAAAAGUAAUCGACAUGUACAGCAAGUGUGGAAGCAUGGUAGAUGCACGCCGAGUGUUCGAUCAUAUGUCUGA